AUGUACCUCCAUGGAUCGUUUGAAAGUUGCAGUCAGAUAAGCAUCGAGAAUAGAUCGAGGUCAUCGAGGUCAUCGAGCAUAAGAAGCUCCGAAAAAAGAAGGCCAGGGUCUAUCAAGCUCAAUGUUCCCAACGAGCCCAAGAAGAAAAGCUCCAGUCCUUUUGGAAAGGUGGCUUCAAGAGUAAGCGAGGAAGUAUCACAAGCUGAUCUAAGCGAACCCAAUGACGAAGGACUUUUCAAAAAGCGCUCCAAAAGUGAAAGGAGCGAAACUCAGAAUGAUAGAAACGGCGAAGAAGCUGCUCAGCAUGAUAGAAGUCCUGAAGUCGACGAUGAAAAAUAUCCCAAGCAAGAUAGACGCCCUACAGUUGACGAGCUAGAGUGGGACAGUCCAGACGAUAAAGGCAAUCCUCACAAUUGGUCAAAAUUGAAGAAAUGGCUCAUCACACUUACAGUGUCUUUCGACUGUCUUUGUGUCGCUCUAGGCUCGUCACUCUAUGGAGAGGCUUUACCAGACUUGAUGAUAGAGAUGGGCAUCUCACAAAGACUCGGAACUGCUGGGGUAACCUUCUACCUUAUUGGUUUGGCGAUGGGCCUGGUAGUUGCUGCACCCAUGUCUGAAAUACUCGGUCGCAGAUUGAUCUACCUUGUUUCGAUGCCUGUUGGCAUGCUAUUCACUAUGGGAGUUGGUCUCGCGACGAAUAUAAGAACCGUUCUCGUGUUGCGGCUUUUCUCGGGGCUUUUCAGCUCUCCGCCAAUGUCUUUGGCCGGUGGAACCGUAAGUGAUUUAUGGAGUAAUGAUCCAGCUCAAUUGGCUGUUGCAAUGGCCGUGUUUUGUCUUGCUCCGUUCUUAGGCCCAACAAUUGGCCCCAUCGUGGGCGGGUUUGCGGUCAAUGAAAAAAGUUGGGAAUGGACUCAGUGGGUGCAUCUUAUGUUCUGUGGUGCGGUCUAUCCGCUUUUAUUCUUGGUUCCUGAGACGCUUGACUCAACGAUAUUGAGACGAAGGAUGAUUAAAAGAGGGGUGGAACUUGACGAGCCCGACUUGGACUUUGAAUUCGUGAAAAUGGUUGUCACCGUUUUUCUUGUCAGGCCCUUUGAAAUGUUGAUGGUGGAGCCAAUCAUUUGCUUCACUUCUGUUUAUGUUGCGUUCCUUUUUGCAGUAUUGUUUGGUUUCUUUCGAGCAUAUCCCAUCAUUUUCGGAGAUUUGUACGGGAUGGAACGUGGAAUUUCAGGAUUGCCAUUCAUUGGUGUUGCUGUUGGCUUGGUUAUCGGCGUUUUUGGGUUUAUAUGGUUUGACCGCAUCUUCUUCCAUCCAAAAAAUGAAGAUGGUACCAGGGGCAGACGUGAUGAAAAUGGCGACCCGCUAAUUUUUGCUCCUGAAGCAAGGUUGACCAUCGCAGCUAUAGGCUCGCUUCUCAUGCCAAUAGCCUUGUUUUGGCUAGCAUGGACGUCUAGAGAGUCCAUCCACUGGAUCGUGCCAACAUUGGCAGGUGUACCUUUUGGGUUUGGCUUGCUCUGGGUGUUCUUUGGAAUCGUGCUCUACUUUUCCUCGACAUUCCCUCCACAAUGUCUUGCAUCUGCUUUAGCUGCUAACAGUGUUUUGCGCUACACUACGGCGUCCGUUUUUCCCCUUUUCAUUAAUGACAUGUACGAAGAGCUAGGUAUUGACUGGGCAACAUCUAUAUUUGCUUUCAUUACUUUGGCAAUGUUGCCAGUCGUCUUAGCACUCUACAAAUUUGGCGACAGACUUAGACAGUAUUCAAGAUAUAGCUUUGAGGCAGAGGACCGAAAAGAGCAGGCCGAAUUUGAUGCAAAAGAAUCUUUCGAGGAUGACUCUGAUCAGAUGUCAAGUCCGCUGGGUAAGUAUUACGGAGAAGCUGGAUCUUCUUUCAAUCGUUCGUCCAAGACAGCAAUGGAACAGGACGUCUCCAACAAAGUAUGA